UGUGACAAAUUUUGAUCACGUGAGAACAAAAUGGCAGACGCACGGAGUGUGUCUGGUGACAGUGUUUCACUGGCAGCAAAUUCCACCAGCACAUCUAAUCUUGUGGACCAAACUUACCAAGUUUACAAAAGAAGAUGGUUUAUAUUAUUUGUAAUUUGUUUGCUCAAUAUUUCAAAUGCAAUGGUAUGGAUUACCUUCUCACCAAUAGCUGAUGUAACAGCAGAGAAGUUUAAAGUUGAUGCCUUUAAAGUGAAUGUGUUAUCAUUGGUCUUUCUAAUUUGUUCAGUUCCAUUUGGAUUUUGUGCCUCAUGGGUUUUAGACACCUUUGGCUUAAGAUCAAGUAUCUUAUUAUCAGCUUGGCUGAAUGGCAUUGGUGCAUUAUUACGUAAUGUUAGUGUCUUUGAUGGUAUUGAUGAUUCAGCUAGAUACCCAAUAUUGUUACUGGGACAGACAUUAGCAGCAUGUGCACAACCUUUUGUAAUGUUUGCUCCUACCAAACUUGCAGCUUUAUGGUUUGCUGGUAAUCAGAGAGCUACAGCUAAUAUGCUAGCAUCUAUGGCUAACCCACUUGGAAUCUUAACAGCAAAUGUUAUAGUUCCAGCUAUGGUCACAAGUUGUGAUGGACACGACAUUCCUUCAGCUUUAUGGGUUAUGACAGGGAUCAGUUUAACUGGUACCAUGAUGGCCACAUUUGGAGUUUGUAGCUCUACUCCUCCUACACCACCUACAGCAAGUGCUGAAGAAGACUCAGAAAAAUUUAUUGAUGGUCUGAAAAAAUUAUUAAAGAACAAGAAUUACUGGGUGUUGAAUAUAACAUUUGGUGCAGGAUUAGCUAUUUUCACUUCCUUUACAACAUUUUUAGAUCAGAUAUUAUGUCCCAAAGGAUAUUCAAAUUCCUUUGCAGGAUUAUGUGGUGCCUUAAUGAUAGCAGGAGGUGUGUUAGGAGCUGUAGUAUCAGGGAUAUAUGUAGAUAGAUCAAAAAAGUUUGCUGAAGUUAUCAAAUUUUCAUAUGCAGGUGCAGUUAUGGCAGGAUUAGCAUUUACUCAGGUAGCCAGACUAAGGGAUCAAAGUGUAUUGGCAGCUACUUGUAUAACAUUGUUUGGUGUAUUUGGUUUUGCUAUGUAUCCUAUAUCUAUGGAAAUGUCUGUAGAAGUUACCUACCCUGUUGCCGAGGCAACAAGUUCAGGAUUACUUAUAGUGUCAGGUCAAAUACAAGGUAUCAUUAUAAUAUUAGUGUUACAGUUUUUAGCCCAGCCUUUAUCACCAGAAGAUUUAGCUAUUGGAACAGGUUGUUCAGGAGGUUGUUCAGGUAACAGUACUUCACAGUUCACACCUCAGGAAUGGACAGUUCCAAAUCUGGUUGCAAAUGGUUAUGCUGUGAUUGCCGUGUGUAUAGUAUUAUUGUUACUGAGACCAGAUUAUAAAAGACUGAAAGCUGAAAAGAAAAUUUUAGCAGAAAGAAUAUUAAACAUUUCUCACGAUCUCCGAUCAUAGUAAUAUUGAUUUUAGUUUAAUGAAAUCCAUGUCACAUAACCGUGAUGCCUAGAAUACCAGUAAUUCCUUUUGUUUUAUUAUUCAAAUCUGCUCAGAAGCCCUUUUUAGUGACCAACAAUAAAAGAAUGUCCAUUUUUUUUGAAAGUUCUACACCAGGACACUAAUGACAAAUUCUGAGCAUUCUUUCAAAUUACUAAAAGAAUUAUCCACUGGAAAAAGUUCUCGGGCAUCUAGUUGAGCAAUAAAAAAUAUUUGAUUAUUGAAUCAUUAUUGCUUUUAGCUAGAAUGCGUCAACAUAUUAAUCUAGAUAUUUUAAAAAUGAUUUAUUAAAUCUGUGAUGAAAAUUAUUUUUUAACAAGUUAUUGGAUUUGUUUUAUAUUUUUUUAAACAUAUUUUUUCAAAUAUAAUGUUGAUGUUAGAUUGCCAUAUGUUUGACAAGACUAUGUAUACUGUGGAUUCAUUUAUUUUCGUGGGUACCAAUUUUCGGGGAUGAAGGAAAACUUGCAUGUUCCUGGACAUUUAAUUUCGUGGUUUUGCCUAAAUCCUUAUACAAAUCUUUAGAAAAUUUGUCAUUUGUUGAACAUUUAAUUUCGUGCUUCACCUAUACCCACGAAAUCCACGAAAAUUGGUAUCCAACGAAUAAUAAUGAAUCCACAGUAAUUGAAACUGAAGUAGAGCAAUAUGAACAAAAUAUUUGUUAGAAAAUUAAUAUCUAGUCCUACAUGGGAAGCAUCAAGUGUUGUUUUGUUGACACAAUUUUUGUAUUAUUGAUGUAUAUAUCAUUAUUUAUAUUUAUUUAUGAACAAAUUAUACAAGUUUGUGUUACAUACAUUUGUGAAAUUGUUUUUCAUAUUGAAAGCUUGUUAAUUGUUAUUCAGAAUUUAUGAAAGGUUGACAUGCAUGUAGUAUGGCAUUUUAUGAGCAAUCUAUAAACAAAUGUUGAAAUGUUUAAAUAAUUCAUAGCUUUCUUUAUUUUCUUCCAAUCAAACAACAUACAAAUUUUCCUUUGUUUAAUACUUUUACAAGUAUGAGUUUUUAGAGAAUGAAAGAUUUUUUUUCAAGAAAUUGCUGAAACUGAUUUGUUUUACUAACCGAUUUCUUGAAGGCGGUGCCCAUAUAUAAGUCAGAAAAACAAAUUGUUUUUGUAUAGCUCUUCUCACUGCAUUUUAUUAAGAAUAGAUGUUUGGUAUAUGUCAGUGAGACAGCUCCUCAAGGUCAUGAAAAUAAGUUAAAAGACAAGUAGAGGUCAACAUUCAAUAAUAAUCACCUGUCUUUAUACAAAAUCUAUCCGCCCCAGUUUCAGGUUGUGAACUUUGAACAUUGAUUGUUAAAGAUCUGCUUUCAUCAUCCGAACUGUGAUUUUAUCAUUUUAGACAAAAAUGUGAUUUAAUUUUUGCGAUAUUGAGAAAAAUCCUGUUUAAUUCUUAGUUUCAAGAAACAUUUGAUGUCAGUUUUCUUUCUUAUCUAUUAUUGGUAUAACAAAAAAUAAAAGAGGUCAUGUGACUUACAUUUGCAUAAUUAUCUAUGUAUAUAUAUUCAUAUGAAUGUUUAAUUUACUCUAAAUGCUAGAUGUUACCUACUUUGACAACCAUUGAAUGAUUGUAAUCAGGGAUUAAUUUGUAAAAUAUAAUCAAAAUGUGUUCGCUAUUUAUACAAUUGUAUUGAUUUUAAUAUUUUAUAGAAAUUUUCUCACCAAGUCAUUAAUCAUUGCAGACACAUUCUUUAGUCAGUAUUGGCAGAAGUAGUCAUUAGUAAUCAAAUGCAAGUCAAUACUGUAAACCAACUUAUUUUUAGAGUAGAAAAAAAUCAUGAAUAUCAAUGUUUGGAAUACAGAACAUUUUGGUCUUCCCUUAUAUAUUGACCUCAAGAAAAUAAUAAAACCAUACAGAAAAUUGCUGCCAAGUCGUAUGAACAAAGCUACAAUUGAAAUAAAAGUGUCUGUGAAAACAAAUUGGUCUACAAUAAUUAUUUCACUAUUUAUUCAGAAUUAAAAUGUAAUGUUUUAUCACACAAAAGGUAUUCUUACAACAUAUGUAUUCAUUGAAAGAUCUGUUAAAAGAAAGACAAUUACAUUUGUUAUUUAUUCCAUUUUCAUAACAUUUCUCAAUCAGAUUCCUAGUUUUAUUGUUUACAUAGAUUUCGGAAUAAUUUAAAUGUACGUUUUAUUUUAGUUUCUAUUGUGACUAGUAUAGUUUAAGUGCAUGUACCCUAAUGUAUAUGACAUUUAUAAUUAUAAUUAAUACAUGUGGUGCUAAACAGUUAAAUAAAGUACAAAGUUGUUUAUGGUGGUUUAAUCCUCGGUGAGGAGUUUGUGAAUCAUACCAAAUUAUAAUUACAUGCCACACUUCAAAUUGGCAUUAUAAAUUCAGGUAUGUGUUAGUCUGACAUUAUAUCCUUGUGUCCUUUCUACAUCAUUUUAAAGUUGUGGUGUAAGAUAGUUAAUUCACAAAAUUGCGGUCACAUCAACUUGAAGCUUACUACAAAUGUUCAUUAUUUUGUAAAACUUCCAGAAUAUAUGUACAAUUUGAGUUUAAACACAUGUCAGUGUCCACAAAUGUUUUUAUGGAAGUGUUGUAUUGUGUCCACGAAUUCAUAUUCUGUUUUGUUUAAUGAGUAAAGUUAUUUAUCAUAUAAUUUUGACAUUUAAAUGUUUAGCAGAAGCACUAAUUUAAAUACCAUGCAUACCAUUAAUAAUUUGUUAUCUAACAUUAAACAUAUUUUUGAAAGUUAGGAAAAGUGAUGAAUUUAUUAUACAGUAAAUUUAGAAAUUAUUCUGUGCAUUUUUCAUUGCAAAUUCUAUAGAAUGGACUAAAAUGCAAAAUUAAUUAUGGUAGUUUCCAGAAAAUCUGCAAACAGUCAUAUAAUAAAAGUUUAUCAGAUACCAGUAUGAAGUUCUUAUUGCUGCCUUAUUCAUUUAAUGGCAUUAUUUAUAUGUCUUUUUCUAGAAUUUAGAAUAUCCAUUUGCCACCAUUAAUUUUGUGGCUCAUGUUCACUAUUUACUUAAAAUUGCUGUCUUCAUUGGAUAUGUAUGUUAUAGAUGCUCCAUUUCCGUUUAAAGUUCCAUUCCAUUAUUGUUAGUUUCUGAUUUGUAAAAAAUAAAACAUCUUUGUGUAAUCUUAAUCAAUAAUGAAAAUGAAAUGUGCAUUUUAUUUCAGCUUUUCUUAAUUGUUCAUCUUUUACAUAUAUCUUUAUUUUAUAUAUGUUGAACAAGUUGAUUUAUUAGUAUUUUUAUAGAAAUAAAGAUACAAAAGAA